AUGUCAUCCCAACGCUAUUACCUAUCCACUGGUCCCUCAACAAAUAGAUUAUCCUCAGACUACAACAGGUCAGUGGAAAGUUCCAAUGAUUCAAGCUCAUACAACGGAGAAGAUUGGUGUCGACCAAGAGCUGCAGGACAAGGUCUUGAAGACAUUUUCAGCGAAGAAAUCAGACUAAGGAGCUCAGAGAUGCUUGAGACUGACGAUAUGCAGAGACUGUUGAAGACGUUUGGGAUAGGUGUGAACACUGUGGGAACACAAGGCGGGUUUGGUCAGACCGAUGAGUCUUGUUAUGGUUAUAGCAUCCCGUACCAAGCUCAGAUCGAUAACACGUACAGAAGAGAACGUAAUAGAGGCUCGGGAAAAGCUGUGGUGGGAUGGCUUAAGCUUAAAGCUGCUUUGAGAUGGGGUAUCUUCAUACGCAAGAAAGCUGCAGAGAGGAGGCCUCAGAUUGUGGAGAUCGACUGA